UGUAAAGUGUCAAAUUCACCAUUUCUUCUUUCCUUGUGUUCUUCCGAUAGACCUCCCAUCAGAUCAGAAAACGAUGAUCCAAACCAGAUUCUUCCCCAAAUGGCUUCUUCCAAGAAACCCAUCAAAACCCACUUCUUCAUUUUCUUCAAAAUCCCAUUACAACCAACCCAUUAUUUUUCCUUCUUCUCCUUCUCCGAUCGUCAACCCAAUUCUCCUUCAACCACGUGUGGUGGUUUACGACAGAGUUUGCCACCUCUGCCAUCAAGGACUGAAAUGGGUAAUCAAAUUAGACAAACACAGAAAAAUCAAGUUUUGUUGCCUUCAAUCCGAGACAGCCGAGCCCUAUUUGAGCCUAUGUGGACUCAAUCGAGACGAUGUUCUUCGUCGAUUUCUCUUCGUGGAAGGUCCUGGUGUGUUUCAUCAAGGCUCUAAUGCAGCUCUUAGAGUGGUUUCUUACUUGCCUUUUCCUUACUCUGCUUUGAGUGGUUUUAGGGUUUUUCCGACUACAAUUAGGGAUUCUGUGUAUGAUUAUGUUGCGAAACAAAGGUAUGAAUGGUUUGGGAAGGAGAAUGAUUGUUUGGUUUUGGGAGAGAAGGAAAUGCUCGAACGAUUUAUUGAUAGAGAUGAAAUUUUGGGGAAAAGAAAAACUUGAAUUUCAAAUGUUGAAUGAAUCUUUUGAUAGCAAGCUUAAUGGGUUGGUUCGUUGGGAUUAGACAACUAUGAUUGGAGUGUUGAUGAAGAUCUCAUCAGUUUCUUUAGAAAACUUUCAGUGGAUAGUAUCUGUAAUCAGAACAAUCUCAUUUUCCUAUGUUCCUUGGGUAGAAGUAUUUGGUAGUUGUUGAAUUAAUGGAUUCUUCAACUCAGAGAGUAUGCUAUCAUUUGUGGUAUGUUAUGCUUAGAAAUCAGGCUUUCCAUGAUGAGAAGAGAAGGUAAUCUGAUCAUCUGCAACCUUGGCCUUCAAGAUUCAAAGCUCUAUCAUUGACACUGAGUUCAGUGGUGUUACCAACUCGCAGCGAUUGGAUCGUCGUUUGAUGCACUUGCAAUGACAAUAUUCUCGAAUUCUUCCAUCAGAACAGCAGAUGCGAAUUUUCGCAACAACUCCAGCCGAAUAUCGCAAGGUACUUAAUACAAAGAUGAACCUUACUGUGGUUGU